AUGCUACUCUCUUUGGAAUCCCCCGUUCUUUCUCGUUUGUUCCACUACAGUGUUGAUUUAGCGCUACUUUCUACCUGCAUUGCAGGAAUUCGUCGUUCUUCUGGUGUCUCAUUUGACAUGGAGAAAGUUCAUAACGAAGAUGUGAAGCUCGCCGUUGAAAAGUAUCUUGGACUUGGCGAAUGGGCGUUUGAUCAGUCCAGUACAUUUCUAUCUUCUACAAAUUGGUUCAAAAAGUUGUAA